AUUAUCGUUAUGGAGGACAAGGAGCUGAGUCUUAUUAACAAGAACAUAACAAGUUUGUUGGAUGUCCCUCUGCGUCCCACUGUAACAUCACUCAAUCUACACUGCAAUCAAAUCCCAAGGAUCGAGGGUCUGACCUCAGCUUGGCACCUGAGGCACUUGGACCUUUCUUCCAAUUGCAUUUCUAAGAUUGAGGGUCUAAGUUCCCUCACAUCCCUGAGGACUUUAAAUUUGUCUUGCAACACAAUCACGGAGGUUGAAGGACUGAAUGGCCUUGUGAACUUAACUAGAUUAAACUUGUCCUACAAUCAGAUAAAUAACCUUACUGGCUUGUUGUAUCUCCAUGGCCCCUACAAGCUGAAACACCUAAGUCUCCAUAGCAACCACCUGCACCGUAUUGAUCAUGUCCUGCAGUGCCUGUUGGGAUUGCAAGGUUUAAGCGAGAUCACUUUGAGCCAGAAUGGCAGCGAAAAUCCUGUCUGUAGGUCGCCAGGUUACAGGGAGAUUGUUAUGCAGUCGUUGCCACAGAUCACUGUUCUGGAUGGUGUGGACCGACUGGGAAAUCCAUUGCAUUCUGGCAUAAAUAGUCCCCUGGAUAUCCCUGGUCUUGAGGACUACGUGGACCUCCUGCUCUCCUCUGAUGCUAGUCGUAAUGAAGCGGUUGUAGGCGAUGUCUCCAUCACCACACCCCGCAUUGAUGAGAUUCUGACCCAGUUUCGUCAGCGGAGUGCCUCUGAAACAAUCGCAGAUCCAGUCGCACAACCAGAUAGGCAGCGAUGCCAGCGGGUUCACUCCACUGUGGCUGAUCCAGCAGACCCCGUUAAUGAAGAACGCAUCAGGAAACUGGAGCACCAGGUGUCCCAGCUUGUCCAGCAGGCCCCUGUGGGUGACAAAUCCAGUUACUCUACCAAUUCUGUGGUGACGGCACGCAAAGCCAAGAAGGACACAGACCGCACGUCAGAGAGUGAGUGCGACAGUGGGAAAGAAAACCGGAGGCGCACCAGGAUCCCAAAACAUCGUAACACUGUAACCACGAGGACGACCACGAAGGAGACCAAGGGCAGGAGAUCAGACAGCGAUCAGGAGAAUCAUAAACAGAGGAGUUCAAAGUCUGCUGUUGGGCCCAGGGGGAAGUCUGGCGUCGCAAAGGGUGCAGACGCAGUGGGGCCAGCAAGGAGGGGACCACCGAGAGCUGCUAUGGCCUCAGGCGACGUGAAAACCAAGUCCACUCAGGAGGAGGAAACUUACAGGACUAUUGUGGAGGAGCGUGACCAGGAAAGGGAAAGGCGUUGGAAGGCCGAGCAGGCUGUGAGGAAACUAACAGAGGAGCUAAAGUGCCUGCAGACAAAGGUCAGCGAGGAAAAAGACCUGCAGAGCAUGGCUCUGCACACCACAGACAGACUGAAAGAAAUCUUGCUAAAGGAGCGAUCAGGGCGCUCUGGGCUGCAGACUUGUGUUGAGGAACUGGAGGGGAGGUGUCAGUCCCUAAUCCAGCAGCUGGAGCAGGCCCGCAGCAGUGAAGAACAACAUAAGACUGCACUGCGCAGACUGGAGGAAAGCAUUUCCCAUGGCGAGACGCUCAGGGCUCGCCAGCAGGCUGAAGAGAUGAAGCGGCACCAGGAGCUGGAAAAUAAGGCAGCAGCUCUGAAGAGGGAGUUGGAUAUCCAGAGAGUUUCAGUACGCCAUCACAAAGACAAACUACAGCAGCUGCAUGAACUGUUGGCAGCCAGGGAACAAGAGCACAGAAAACAGCUGGAGCUGCGUUUGCAGCCGGGAGGGGCGGAUUUCCGUGAGGCAGUGGUGAAAGAAGUAGCAUUAGCGGAGCAGAGACAUGCCCACAGGGAGGCGGAGCUGGAGGAGAAACUGGCGGAGGGCAGGAAAGAAUACGCUGCUCUGGAGGAUGAGUUCCGCAUGGCACUAACCAUCGAGGCUGCUCGCUUCUAUGAGGUAAAAGAGGCUUGUGAUCAAAUGACUGCAGAGCUGUUGGAGCUCAAAGGGACCCUAAGCCAGUCACAACAGAGAGAGAAGAAAUCUGGCGCUCUGGUGCAGGAGCUCACAGCCAUGGUCAAGGAACAGAAGAAACGAAUUUCUGACCUCAUCAAAGCCAAGAAAGAUGCUGUCACUGAACUAAAGAGCCGUAUGCAUUCCUUGGAAACAGAGGCAGAGCAGGACCGGCGACUCAGCCUGCAACUUGAGUUGCUUAAGAAAGACAAGGGUCGACUGUUGUCUCAGCUCACAGCUCAGGAGUCGGUGAUAGACGGCCUUAGGGCAGAGAGAAGGAUCUGGGGCCAGGAGCUCGCUCAGCAAGGAGUGUCUCUAGCUCAGGAUCGUGGACGCCUGGAGGCGAGGAUAGAGGUGCUGGACACUGAGCUGGAGACACAGAAGAAACAGAAUGAAAGGGACAGCGAUGCCCUCAAAAUUAAAACCAGAAUCAUUGAUGACCAGACAGAAACCAUCCGCAAACUCAAAGAGGCCUCGCAGGAGCGUGACGAACAGAUACGUAGGCUGCGUGAGGAGGCGGUCCAGGUCCAGAAGAAGUUCCAGCAGCAGCUUGAAGAGGAAACGACUCGGCUGGCAGAGCUCAGGGAACGGCUGGAGCAUCUCAGCCUGCGCAAGGAGGAGCUGAAACAGCAGUUGGAGGACAAGGAGGCAGAGCUCGAGGAGGUUAAAACUGUUUACAGGGAUUCCAGUAAGAAAUGGCAGGAGAAGGCAGAACUGCUCACUCGACUAGAGAGCCAGGUGAAGCGCAUGAAGGAGAACUUUGAUUCUAAGGAACGCUUGCUGCUGGAAGAAAGAGAUAAAGCAACAGAAGCUCACAAAGAUGCAGUCGAGAAGUUGCACUGUGUGGACGAUGCAUUUCGUCGGCAGCUAGAGUCUAUCCAGGCUGCCCAUCAAGCUGAGCAGCUUCGAUUGGCUAAUGAAAAGCAGAAACAGAUAGAGCAGGCCAAUCAGAGGGUAUUUGAUGUGGAGGAGGAGAUGCGUCAACUCCUAGAGGAGAUGGAAACUAACAAGAGAAUCAUGGAAGAAAAAAUGAAACGUCUCACCAGUGUACUGAAAGACUUUUAACACAUGAAGUAUGACUCCAGCUAUGGCAAUGUAUGAAUAUAAACACAAUGCAUUUUUUAAAUAUGUCAAUUAACGUGUUAUUUUUUUAUGUUAAGUUA